UUCAAAUUCUACUUAAACUUUUUUAAAACUCAGUAUGUUUAGAAAGAAAAAACAUUGAAAAAGUAUUUUGAAAAAGAAAAUCAAAUAUUUGAAAUGCUACUCAAAGCAACAACAAUUACAAAAAAUAUCAGCUGUACAAACAUACUCAGUCGAUUCAGUCAAUGAAUGUUCGAAAAAAAUAAUGGUGACAACAAUAAAAAUAACUUGUGAUGGAGUCUUCAUACAAUCGAAUUCAAAAUUGUCCCCAAAAAAGUCCCCAACUGCUGUCAAAUCUCAAAAAAUAAAUUCUUCGUCAAUUUCUAGUGCAACUGGAAAUGAUCAACAACAACUCGUCUCUUCGAAAAUCUCCCCAAUCCACCAAGUGUCAUCAAAGUUAAAGGCCAAUCGUUAUGAUCUCAAUGCUGGCGACGUUUAUUUGUGCAAGCAGAUCGUGUCAAAAUCAUCUCCAACAUCCAUCUCUUCAAAGAGCUCACUUCGGAUUUGCCGCAGCACCAGUAGUCUGACAACGAAAGAGCAGAAGCUAUUGCUGCAGCAAUCUGGUGGUAGUGGUGGUGGUGCAGCUGCCAGGAACAAGUCACUGAGUCAUAAUCAAAGGCAUAACAACAAGCGACGGAGCCACUAUAAGUUAUGCCAUGAACUUUUCAUUUCGAAAGACAGCAGCUCCGAAUGCACUACGGUGGCGGCGUUUGGGGGUGAAAGUAACAAUUGCUGCAGUAGCAGUGGCAUCACCAGCAGCACAGCUAACGGUGAUGUGAAAAAGGCCAAAAGUUGCAUUGAAUUGAAACGAAAAUCAUUUCCAUCGAAAAAACUACUUGAGAGUUAUUGUUUUUAUAGUGAGACAACGACUUGGGAUAAACAACAGCAACCUUCUUACCAGCACUACCAAAAACAACAACCAUUGCAAAUAAAAAAGAAAGUUGCAGUGCUAUCAGUUCCUAAGAAUCCGGAUCUUUUUACUGUAGCAUCAUAUGAUUGUGAAUUGGUUGAUGUUCCAAAGAAAGGAGAUCAUCAUAAUCAUCACCAAGUAGAGAAGCAAAAACAACAAUCCAUAUCUAGUGAGCCAAGUAGAGCAACCUCAUCAUCGUCGUCUACGUCGUCGUCGUCUUUGCAGUCGUCUAUUAAAAAGACUGAAGAAAAGGUUUCACCCACCACCACAAAUGGCAGUAAUGCGGCUGUAAAUCCCAAAUCGACGGUGCAACGUCAUUUGAUUGAUCGCUGCACAACAUCCGCGGUUGAUCCAUUAGAUAAUUCGGAUUCUCAUUUACGAAAAUCCCCACCUAUUGUUAGAGAGACAGAUACAGAAGAACAGCAAGUUUAUUCAAGUUGUGGAAAAGAAGAGGCUAAAAACGGUCAUAAAGCUGGCGCUAUUAUGAACAGUCACGCGACAGCAACACAGGCCCUUAAUUUGCAAUCCACUGCCGGUCAGACAUCAGUUGUUGGUCAUCAUCGUGGAUUCUCACAACCAUCGGUUGUAGCCAAUUCGGCCGGUGAUCCAUGGUUUUUACAAUCGACUGGCCAUCAAAUGCCCCCAACAGCACCUAUCAGGCAUAAUAAACGUCCAGCACCGCAACCAGGUACUGGAGGCAGCUAUAUUGCGGGUGGAAUAAGUGUCAAUAGUGCUUUGUUGCAACAACAGCAGCUAAGCCAAUCCCAACCACAUAUUGUACCACCGACAAUUCCUCCCCAUCAACCUAAUGUGAAUCAACACAUUCAUGUUUCCUCACACGCUUUAAAUAGUCAUAAUCUUCUAACCGCCAAUCAUUCGCCCAAGUCGCCAAAUCAAGGUUCUGUUGGAGUGGCUGCCGGUUCGGCUUUAGUCGGACAACAGCAGCAUAUUCUGGCACCACUUACACAUGCAAUAUCCACAUCGGCCUGUCAGACACAGCAGCUGUUAACUAACUCGUCCAACAACAAUCUGAUGUCUACAUCACUGAAUGCUGCUCAGCUUCAGAGCCACAUGAGUCCUGCGGCUGCCGUUGCUGCAACGGUUGUCAAUUCAGGUGCUGGCCAUGCAGUCAAACUUCAUCCUGGUUCGAAUAGCAAUUUGUGUGCAGAAACACUGAUGAUGCAUCCAACUCUGCGCCAACAACAACAACAACAGCUACAACAUCUUCCAACGCAACAAUCAUCAAUGUCGUUAUCAAUAUCCCAGUGUCCACCAGUGAUGCAUGUCGCCAUAGGCGGUGGCGUCAGUGGUAUUGGUGCUGGCUGUGGAAUUGUUGGGAGCGGCGGCGGAAACGGUGGCGGUGUCGGUGUCAUGUCAACGUCAUUGCACAACUUUGAUACAAACGGUACUGCGUGGAACAGUACGUCAUCUCUUUCGCCCACCAUUACGAAUUCAUCAUCUUCUGUCAAUCAUCAGACGAUACAACAGCAACAACAGUUACUGCCACAACAGCAACAGAUACAACCGGGACUGCAACAGCAACAGCAACAGCAAUUGAUGCAUAGCCAGCAUCAGCAACGGAAAUGCGAAGUGAAAUUGAAUGCAAUGCCUUGGUUCCAUGGAAGUAUUUCCCGGGAUGAAGCAGAACACUUGCUCCAACCUCGCGACGAUGGUCUAUUCUUGGUGCGGGAGUCGACCAACUUUCCAGGCGAUUAUACCCUAUGUGUGUGCUUCCAAGGAAAAGUUGAGCAUUAUCGUGUGAAAUAUUUAGAAAACAAACUUACCAUUGACGACGAGGAGUACUUUGAAAAUCUUGGACAACUUGUAGCUCACUACGAAAAAGAUGCCGAUGGUCUGUGUACGCAGCUAAUCAAAUGCCUGCCAAAAAUGGGUAGACAGGAAUUCUGCAUCAAUUCAAAAGAUUUUGCAGACAAGGGUUGGGUUAUUCCUGAAGCUGAUUUGCAGCUGCGCGAAAGCAUAGGAAAAGGAGAAUUUGGCGAUGUGAUGCUGGGUAUAUUGCGUAGUGAAAAAGUGGCUGUAAAAAUGUUAAAAGACGAUGGGGCGGCUCAGAAAUUCUUGGCCGAAGCGUCUGUUAUGACAACACUGGAACACGAAAACCUUGUUAAAUUUAUCGGACUUGUUUUUACUAGUAAACAUAUUUAUUUGGUCACUGAGUACAUGAGCAAAGGAUCACUGGUUGAUUAUUUGAGGUCGCGGGGACGACAACAUAUUACGAAAAAGGAUCAAAUAAAUUUUGCCUAUGAUACAUCGUCUGGCAUGGAAUAUUUGGAAGCAAAAAAGGUUGUGCACAGAGAUUUGGCAGCUAGAAAUGUUUUAAUUUCUGAAAACUGUGUCGCCAAAGUUUCCGAUUUUGGAUUAGCCCGGGAAGAGUGUUAUAAUUUGGAAGUUGGAAAGCUUCCAAUUAAAUGGACUGCACCAGAAGCUCUUAAAAAUGGACGAUUUUCAAAUAAAUCCGAUAUGUGGAGCUUUGGUAUUUUGCUGUGGGAAAUUUAUUCAUUUGGGCGUGUUCCCUAUCCAAGAAUUCCACUUGCUGAUGUUGUAAAACACGUCGAAGUGGGUUACAAAAUGGAAGCCCCUGAAGGAUGUCCAGCAGAAAUUUAUGAAAUGAUGCGCCAAGCUUGGGAUCUUAAUCCAGCUAAAAGGCCAACAUUUGCCGAACUAAAAGUUAAAUUGUUGCAUUUAAAAAACACAACAACGUGAAAUGUGUAAUCCAUCAUCAUAACUCAUCCGAUGAUGAUGUCGAAGUCAUAUGUUAUUAUAAGUUUAAUAAUAAAACAAAACAGAAACACCUAUAUAUAUAAUAAUCUAGCUAUUUAAAAAUCAUUAUAAAAUAAUAAGAAGAAAAACUAUAAAAAUGAAAAAAGAUAAUAAUUAUAAUAUCGAGUAAAACUUAACAAAAAAAAAAUAAAUAAAAGAAAAGAUAACCAAACGUACUAAUGAUAAUAGUGCAAGGAUAUAUUAUCUCUAUUAUAUCUAUAUAAAUAUAUAUAUAUUGUAUGACUGCUAAGUAUUAUUUAUUUGCUCUUUUUUUUUUAUUUUAAUGAUUUAAAGAAGAAAAAUAAAAUCGUACAAUCAACAAAGCGAAAAGAUAAAUUACAUUCAGAUAAGCAAAAUCUUCUACUUAAAUUAUACUUAAUUUUGUUUUUCCAUAUUAAUGUUCAAUCUUGUUAUAUUCAUAUUUUGAUUAAAUAUAUUCAUAUUUAUUGACAAAAACACA